UUCGCCCCCACAGAGAGUAACAAAAGACAACUUUCAUGUUUUGAAAAGUAGGAACUAUGUAUUUGUCUAGGAUGAUACAUAAUUCUUGUUCUGCUUUUCUGAGUUUUCUCUACUCUCUCUCUCUCUCUCUCUCUCUCUCUCUUUUCCCCAACCUUCCUGUCUCUAGUCUUCCUGGCUCUUUCUUCCCGUUUUCUUCUCUUCCUUCUUUACAGACGACUGUUCCACCCACCCAAGCACGCUAGCAGCAUAAUGAUUUUAGAGAAACAUGGAUCCAGUGAAUCUGUGUCUUUCACCUUUGUGUUCUUGCAUGCAAAGCUUUGUUACACGUCAGGACAUUAGCUAUGUGUUCCGCACCAAAGAGAAACUUCAUGAUUUGGAGAACGUCAUGAAACAUCUCAUGGCCACGAAGGAGACUGUUCGGAGAAAGCUUGAUGAUCCUCAACACAACGGGAAACUACUCGAUAAUCAACAUCAAGUUAAAGACUGGCUUCGCGAUGUUGGAGAAAAGGAAGAUAAAGUAGAACGAUUAUUGGAUGAAUAUGGCAAAGGUAAUUGUGUUCCAGCAGGCUCUUGUUCUCUAAAUUGUUUUUCAAGGUAUAAAAUUGGCAGGAAUGCAUUCAAAUUGAAAGAGGAGAUAACUCAGUUGACAAUAAAACAGCCAGAAAUCAAAUUUACCAACAUACCACCGCCGAAAUCAGUCCCUGAAUCAUCUAAAAUAGUGGGGGAAAAAAUCCUCUCCAACCUUAAUAUUGCUUGCAGUUACCUGGCAGAAGAAACAAACGAUAUAAUUGGCAUAUGGGGCAUGGGGGGUGUAGGCAAGACCACACUCUUGAAAAAAAUCAACCAACUAUUGUUAGAUAAUGCAAACAUGGGAUUUGAUCAUGUGCUGUUUAUCCAAGCUUCACAAAAUACUCAGUUGGAAGAACUUCGAAAUGAGAUUGCUAAAGAAUUGCAUUUGGCCCCUGAUGCUGUUCAAAAAGACAUCUUCAAUGCCCUGAAAACGAAGAACAUUGUAUUGCUCUUAGAUAAUAUAUGGGAGCCAGUAGACCUUGUUGGUCUUGGAAUUAUCAAUCCUUAUAGGGACGAUGAUGAUAUCACCAAAUCAAACAAAUAUAAAGUGAUAUUCACUACUCGAUUAGAAGAUGUGCGUGACCAGAUGAGAGCAAGCAAAAUAAUUAAAGUGGAAUGCUUGGAACCAGAUGAAGCAUGGGCUCUUUUCAAGCACAAUGCCAAUCUAGCAGUUAUUGAGUCAGAUGAAAGGAUAAAUGAAAUAGCAAAGCAAGUGAUGAACAUGAGUGGUGGUUUGCCACUCGCUCUGCAAACAUUGGGUAAGGCCAUGUCAAAGAGGAAAACUGUCCAAGAUUGGGAAUUUAUUUUGGAUUCCAUAAAGAAUUCAGGCACUGAAGUACUUCAAGGUGUGCAGGGAUCAUUUCUUCCGAUUUUGAAACUCAGUUAUGAUAAUCUACCUAGAAAUAUUCAGGAGUGUUUCUUGUGGGCUUCCAUUUUGGGAUGGCUAUCUAAAGAUGAUUUGAUAGAAUGUUGGAUCUGUUUAGGCCUGAUCGGUAAUUUUGACAAUUUACAACAAGCUUAUGGCACAGCAAAAUAUAUUUUUAACAUUCUAGAGGAAGCCGGUUUAUUGUAUUCUUCUGAUAAUGGUUGUGUGAGCUCACAUGAUGUAAUUUAUGAGAUGGCAUUGUGGAUAGCAUCAGACCUUGGGAUGAACAUGAAUAAAUGGAUAGUGGAAGAAUAUGAUGGGUUAGCAGAAAUACCAACAGAAAACAGAGAGAAUUGGAGAAUGGCAGACCGAGUGAUUAUAAGCGGCAUCAAGCUUGUGCCAAUUUUGUCCCUUCAGUGUGAUGAUUUGUUGUGUUUGAUGAUACUAAAUAGUUCUUACUUGAAAAAUAUUCCUAGAGGAUUUUUCGGACAAAUGCCGAAUUUGAUAUAUUUGGAUCUUUCAAAAAGUGCUAUCAAAAAGCUUCCUGAGGACAUCAAAUGUUUGGUUAAUUUACAAUAUCUAAACAUUUCAUCCACGUGCAUCUCCUCACUUCCAAAGGAGUUGGUGUAUUUGAGUAAAUUGCAAUAUCUGAUGUGCGGAUAUUUGAGAUGGCUUAGGAAGGUAAAAAAUGGUCUCUUGUCAAGGUUACACAAGUUGCAGAUCAUUGACCUAUAUCCAUAUGGGUGGGUAGAAUUGGAAGAGUUAAAAAUGUCAAAGAAACACAACAACAUCAAAGCAAUAGGAAUGCGUGUAGUAUCACAAGAGGUUCUCCGAGAACUCUCAUGUUUGCCAACUACUCAGCUUCAUAUAGAAUUGGAGAACGUGAGUUCUCUUUCAUUUGAUACUUUAAGCUGCAAAGAUCAUGGAUUCUUGAAUGAACUAACAAUUGAAUCAUGCCCACAGCUUGAGGAGCUUGUGAUGAAUGGAAAUGGGAGUUAUCUCAAUUACCUCACAAUCACUAAUAACGAAAAACUGCAAAAAAUUAGUUGGACAGAUAUAUCGCCUCCAGAACACUUUCAUGCGUUGAAGGCAUUAUUUAUAUCAGAAUGUAAUUUGGCGAGUUUCGCUUGGGUCUUGCAUCUCCCAAGUCUUGCUUUAUUAAAUGUACAACAUUGUGCAGAGGUAAAGGAGUUGUUUUAUGUGGAAAAGAGAGAAAUUCAUCAAGUCUCAGAACGCCCUAUGUUCCCAGCACUGCAAUAUUUAUUUUUAGUGUAUCUACCAAAAUUAGUGAGCAUAAGCAAUUUUGCGGUGGAAUUCCCUUAACUUUCAUAUCUUUCAGUGCAUGUAUGUCUUAAUCUUAAAAAGCUUCCAUUCAAGAGUGGCAUUAACAACAGUCAAAGAAUACUCAUUGAUUGUGAGAGAGAAUGGUGGGAAAGCUUAUAUUGGGAUGAUGCCACCAUCCCAUCUCACCUUUCACCUUCCCAUUCAACAAAGUAUGUGUAUGAGGCAACGAUGAUGAAACGUCCUUCAAGUUUUCUCUUUUCUAUGUCUGAGAAAGUUUGAGAUCAUCUCAUGUUCAAACCAAGAUCAUCACUUGGAGUCUUUAAUUUCCUGGGUUUGCAUCUCAAAAGCUUCUCUGAACCACAAAUUCUCUUUGCGAUUAAUCAGUGCUCUACCAAAUUUUGUGUGGAAUUAUGCUUUGGAUUGCUCUUUGUGUUGUUUCUGGUUUCUCUUCUCAAAUCAAAACACUUUGAUAUGUUUCUUAAUUAUUUAUGCCGGUGGGAAGACAUUAUUAUUUGGUUUCUAAGUUCGAGCUUAUUUUGGCAGGUUAAAAAGAAAACAAAGGCAAAAAGCAGGUGGUGGUACAUGUGCUUCUUUUGGCUUUGGUUACAACAGUUAUUUGAUAAUUAAGGUGGCUUUUGUCACAAUUUUGUAUUAUUAUUUUGUGUAUUUGGGGUUGAAUUAUAUAUUUUAAUAUUCAUGACACAUAUUUCUAAUGAGGGAGUCAUGAUUUAUUUUCUCCUAGUUUUUUUUUUCCAGGUGUUGGCAGAUGUGUUGCUAGCUCGUCCGUGGAAAUGGAAAGCAUGUUGCUUCCAGGAGAACAGCAUAGAUCCAAAAACCUGAGGAUAGUGAGAACGGGGUAAAAAACAGAAUAUCCAACAACCUGCUGAUCAAAUAAAGCUUUGAUUUUGCAAUGCUGAAGGGCUUUAACAAUUUCUCAAGUUGAAUUGAGAUUAGAGAACAAUAUAGCAGAAGUUUGAUGAUCAAUCAAAGCUUUGAUUUCACAAUGCUGUUAAUCAGAAGAUCAUCCACUUGUCUGAUAAGAAGAAAUUUGGACAGCUGAAAGAUUAUGUCAUAAUUGUCAUAUAUCUAUCUAUCUAUAUAUAAAUUAUAUGCUUAAAUUGCUCAUCAGAUAAG